UGGGCACAAGAGGGGACAGCACAGCCAGUAGAAAUGAGAAAGCUCCUGACGACAAAAGAGGAUUAGGCCCUUCUCUCUCCUCUUCAGCCCCCGCAUCUCUCUCUCUCUAAGGCGGAGAGCGGGUGAAAGCAGCUGCUGCUGAAGGUGUUACAGGGGCGAGAGCUGGUCAUGGCGGACCCGAGGAACCGGUGGAAGUGGGAGGUGAGCGGCUUCGAGCCGAGGAAGUCCUCCUCCUUCGACGCGGACGAUCACCAGCGGACGACCACCCCCCCGCUGGUCCGCCGGUACUCGAUCUCCUCCGCCUCCUCGCCUUCUCAGCACGCCCUCACCUCCAAGGUCCAGCGCCUCCGCGACAAUGUCAAGCUCGCGAGGGAGAAUUACAUGGAGCUGAGGCAGGAAGCGAGUGAGCUGCAGGAGUAUUCCAAUGUUAAGCUCGAGCGAGUUACACGUUACCUCGGUGUACUGGCUGAUAAGACACGGAAGCUAGAUCAAGCUGCUCUGGAGACUGAGGGUCGAAUAGCUCCUCUGAUCAGUGAGAAGAGAAGGUUGUUCAAUGACUUGGUGACCACCAAAGGGAAUAUAAAGGUGUUUUGUCGUGCAAGACCCUUAUUUGAAGAAGAGGGUCCUUCCGUGAUUGAAUUUCCCGAUGAAUUUACCAUUCGUGUGAAUACUGGUGAUGAUAAUGCUGCCAAUCCCAAGAAGGAUUUCGAAUUUGAUCGAGUUUAUGGGCCUCAUGUUGGACAAGCGGAACUUUUUAAUGACGUCCAACCUUUAGUACAGUCAGCUCUUGAUGGGUAUAAUGUUUCCAUAUUUGCCUAUGGACAGACUAACUCCGGGAAGACAUACACAAUGGAAGGAUCUAACCAUGAUCGUGGUCUAUAUGCUCGAUGUUUUGAGGAGCUUUUUGAUUUAGCCAAUUCAGAUACAACUGCUGCUUCUCGAUUUGAAUUCUCAGUCACUGCUUUUGAGCUUCGCAAUGAACAGGGAAGGGAUUUGCUUUCAGGAUCAGGGAAAAUUUUACCGAAGAUCUGCAUGGGUUCCUUAGAUUCUUUUGUAGAACUGAAUCAGGAGAAGGUUGACGCCCCGUUGGAUUUCUCUCGGGUACUGAAAGAGGCACUUCAAAGCUGGGGAGAUGAUGCUGUAAAGUUAAAUGUUUCACAUUUAGUUGUCACGAUACACAUAUCCUACAGCAACCUUAUCAGUGGAGAGAAAUCGUAUAGCAAGCUUUCUCUUGUGAAGUUGGCAGGAAGCGAGAGUCUGAAUGUGAAAGAUGAUAGUGGGGAGCGGGUGACAGAACUUCUACAUGCUAUGAAAUCACUUUCAGCGCUGGGAGAUGUCUUGUCUUCACUGACUUCCAAGAAGGAUACUGUUCCAUAUGAAAAUUCAGUGCUGACUAAAGUACUGGCCGACUCAUUAGGUGGAAACUCAAAGACAUUGCUGCUAGUGACCGUGUCUCCCACUGCUACAAGUUUAACAGAGACUAUCUCAUCUCUUAAUUUUGCUUCAAGAGCGCGAAAUGCGGUACCUAGCCUUGGAAACCGGGACACGAUAAAGAAAUGGCGAGAUAUUGCAAAUGAUGCUCGGAAGGAGCUGUAUGAGAAAGAGAAAGAAAUGCAAGAUCUGAAACAAGAGGUGGUUGGACUAAAACAAGCACUGAAAGAUGCAAAUGACCAAUGUGUACUUCUCUUCAAUGAAGUACAGAAAGCGUGGAAAGUUUCUUACACUUUGCAAUCUGAUUUGAAGUCAGAGAAUCUAAUGCUGUCUGAUAAGCAUAGUAUCGAGAAGGAGCAGAAUGUGCAGCUCAAGAAUCAGGUAACUCAAAUGUUGCAGGUGGAGCAGGAGCAGAAGAUGCAGCUGCAACAGCGGGAUUCUACAAUUCAAUCCUUGCAAGCUAAAAUCAGAAGUAUUGAGAAUCAGCUGAGUGAAGCCCUUCGUUCAAAUGAAAGUAGAUCAAAAUUUGGCCCAGAUUCAGGGAAUGGAGUACAAACAGGUGGGGAUGCCGAUUCUUCUACAGUGACCCGGAAACUCGAGGAAGAGCUUAAAAAACGGGACGCAUUGAUUGAGAGAUUGCAUGAAGAGAAUGAGAAACUAUUUGACAGACUUACAGAAAAAGCAUCACUAGCUGGCUCACCGCAGUUAUCAAGUCCACUAUCUAGAGGAGCAGCAAAUGUGCAGUCUAGGAAUGAUAGUGCCAACAGUAAAGGGCGUUCUGUUGAUGUUCCAGUGUCAUCUGUGACAGAAAAGACCGAGACCUCUGUUGCUUUAGUAAAAUCUAGUUCUGACAAAGUGAAAAGUACUCCUGCAGGGGAAUAUCUUACUGCUGCCUUGAAUGACUUUGAUCCUGAUCAAUAUGAUAGUCUUGCUGCAAUUUCUGAUGGAGCGAACAAAUUAUUGAUGUUGGUUUUGGCUGCAGUUAUUAAAGCAGGUGCUUCUAGAGAGCAUGAAAUACUUGCUGAGAUUAGGGAUGCUGUCUUCUCUUUUAUACGUAAAAUGGAACCUAAAAGAGUAAUGGAUACCAUGCUUGUUUCUCGUGUUAGGAUUUUGUAUAUCAGAUCCUUGCUUGCUAGGUCACCUGAGCUUCAAUCCAUCAAGGUAUCCCCUGUUGAAUGCUUCUUAGAAAAGGCAAAUUCUGGGCGUAGUAGGAGUUCUAGCCGUGGUAGUAGCCCUGGAAGGUCUCCCGCGCGGUAUGUUGAUGAGCAAAUCCAGGGUUUCAAAGUGAACAUAAAGCCGGAAAAGAAAUCAAAGUUUUCCUCUGUGGUAUUGAAGCUUCGAGGUAUUGACCAGGAGACCUGGAGGCAGCAUGUAACUGGAGGAAAACUUAGAGAAAUUACAGAGGAGGCCAAAAGUUUUGCUGUCGGAAACAAGUCUCUUGCUGCUCUUUUUGUCCACACCCCUGCUGGUGAGCUGCAACGGCAAAUCAGAUCUUGGCUUGCUGAGAACUUUGAGUUUCUCUCUAUUACUGGUGAUGAUGCUCUGGGAGGAACGGCUGGCCAAUUAGAGCUUCUCUCUACUGCAAUUAUGGAUGGUUGGAUGGCGGGACUUGGUGCGGCUAUGCCUCCCAAUACGGAUGCUCUAGGCCAGCUUCUGUCGGAGUACACAAAGCGUGUUUACACUUCACAAUUGCAACAUUUGAAGGACAUUGCUGGCACCUUGGCAACAGAAGAGGCAGAGGACUCGGCACAUGUAACGAAACUGCGUUCGGCCCUUGAAUCAGUUGAUCAUAAGAGAAGAAAGAUUUUGCAACAAAUGAGAAAUGACGAGGCCUUGCUAGCACUGGAAGGUGGCGGUUCACCUGUUCGGAAUCCUUCUACUGCUGCUGAAGAUGCAAGAUUAGCUUCUCUGAUUUCCCUUGAUAGCAUUUUGAAGCUAGUCAAGGAUAUAAUAAGGCAAACGUCUGUGAAGUCCUUGAGGAGAAGCAAGAAGAAGGCAUUGUUGACAUCCUUAGACGAGCUUACGGAGAGGAUGCCUUCUCUCCUUGAAAUUGAUCAUCCCUGUGCGCGGAAGCAAAUUGCAGAUGCUCGUCGUGCAGUUGAGUCGACCCCCGAGGAAGAUGACCAAGUGGAAUCUAACCCUUCUCGAACUGCUGAGCUGGGGUCUUCUGGAGAAACCGAUGUGGCGCAAUGGAAUGUGCUGCAGUUCAACACGGGUUCAACAACGCCGUUCAUCAUCAAGUGUGGGGCAAAUUCGAACUCAGAGCUAGUGAUCAAAGCAGACGCCCGAGUCCAGGAACCCAAGGGCGGUGAGAUUGUGAGAGUAGUCCCGAGACCUUCUGUCCUUGAGAACCUCAGCUUGGAGGAUAUGAAACAGAUAUUCUCUCAGCUCCCUGAGGCCCUGAGCUUGCUUGCCUUAGCUAGGACCGCUGAUGGGACACGUGCCAGGUACUCAAGACUGUACCGCACGCUUGCUAUGAAGGUCCCCUCUCUUAGGGACCUGAUUGGUGAGUUAGAAAAAGGUGGUGUCUUAAAGGACGUGCGGCCGUGAAGUGAAGACCGCUUCCGCUUCCAUCCCCAUUGUAUUAUAUGUUUACCAAUGUACUUCUAAUAUAUUUGUAUCUCAUGCCCAGGUGGUCUUCUCAUACUCUUGAGAGCGAUGUAGUGUUAUUUAUGCUUGUGAUGAGCUUUUGUUGGGGCUGUUUUGCUUUCGAGUUUCGAGAUAGUUUUGGGGUGUGGCAUUCGUGUGGUUGAGAAACUAUACACACACACACACACACACAAGGAGAGACAUCGGCCCUCUCGUACAUUUUCUGACGGUCUUCUUUCCGCUUAAUUCGUAAGGGCCACAUUGUGCACUGUUUCUACGGAGGAUCCUCCUUUCGUGUUAGUGUUGGUUUCUUUAUCGGGCCAUGUUCCUUGUAAAACCAUCCUGUGAUUGGAGGAUAUGAACAGAGGAACACAGCGAAGUUAUAUCAGGUUGUAUUUUGUAGAAUU